GCCCUCCCGCGGUGGGGGAUGGAGCUCCUCGCGCCUCCGGGCCGACGGCGGCGUUGGGUCCCCCGCCGGCCCCGCCAUGGCGCCGCCGGCCCCCAGCCCGCCGUCCCCCGCCGAGCCGCGCUAGCCUCAGCCGAGCCGCGGCGCCGCCGCCGCCAUGACCUCGCGGCAGCCUGACGCUCCCGCGCUGGAGCAGGGCGGUGGGGCCCGCCCUGGCAAGAUGUCGCUGCCCGUCGGCGUGCCGCGACGGGCCUUCAGCUACGACGACGCCCUGGAGGACACGGCUCCCAUGACCCCGCCGCCCGCCGACCUCUGUGCCAACGUCCUCUGGAAGCAGCCGGUCAUCCCCGAGCGCAAGUACCAGGAGCUCUCGAAGAUUGAGGAAGGGGAUGCUAACAUGAAUGCACCUGUCAUAACUCCUUCAUCAUCCACUGAAAGUGUGAACAAGGUACCUGUGGUGAAGGCCAAGGCCACUCAUAUCAUCAUGAACUCUCUCAUUACAAAGCAGACUCAGGAGAGCAUUCAGCGCUUUGAGCAGCAAGCAGGACUGAGAGAUGCUGGCUAUACUCCCCACAAAGGCCUCACUACUGAGGAGACCAAGUAUCACCGAGUGGCUGAGGCUGUCCAUAAGCUAAAAAUGCAGAGUCGAGAGAUGACAAAAGAUGACAAACAGACUACUUCUGCUCAAUCCACUCCAAGCAGCACUCCCCACUCCUCUCCCAAGCAUAAAAACAGGGGCUGGUUUAGUCAGGGAUCCUCUACUUCUGUUAUUGGCCCAGACUUUGCCAUAGAAGCUGGUGGGGACAAAUUGCCAUCUGAAAGAUGGAGCUUUUUUGGACCCAAAGCCAUCCAGAAAUCCACCAAUGAUCCAGGAGGAUUUACCGUCCAGUCCUAUAAGGGGGCCCAGAAGCCAUCCCCGAUGGAGCUGAUGCGUGCUCAGGCUACUAGGAUGCCAGAAGAUCCAGUCAGCUUCAAGCCACCCAAAAUGGACAUCCCAGUCACAGAAGGGAGGAAACAAUCUCCACGUUCCCAUAAUAUCAAACCUCGGGAUCUGAACGUGCUCACUCCCACGGGUUUCUAGGAAGAAUGCUUCUGGUGUCUUUAGUAGGCUACCGGGUGUCUUAGGCUCUGCUUCCCUGUCCCAUUGUGCUGCAGUAAAAUAGGGACGUUGCCCUUCCAGCUCUUCAUCUCAGAAAAGGAAACAGUUGUGACUGUCCUCCUAAAGCCAGUCUUGGAAAAACUCCUGCACGAGUACUAAACCAGUGUAAACCAUCCUGUCUGCUGUAUUGCACCAUUUCAGUCUGCUAGGCUGUGUUAGAUGUGCUUACCAGUACACUGCACCACAGUAAAACCUUGAACUGUGUUUUUUGGUACAAGACUGCAUGUGAUGUGCAAGCAGGCUGGCUUGUCUUCCUGUAGUCUGACUGUCUUGUCGUGUUCAGUGCUGGAGUACCCUCAGGAGCGCUGUGGUUCUGUCUGGUGUAUACAGAGCACCAGUGGAAAAUGAUGAAAACAAGCAAGGACUAAAAACUGGAUCAUUAAUUGCCAGAAGGAAGUUGCUCUGGGAAUGUGGUGGAUUAGUAAAUGUGGCACUCCCUUACUAUCCAGUUCAACACACCUAGUACUUCUUUUGUUCUUGGAAUAUUUUUUUUAAAGGAAAAGUGGAGCACUCUAAGAUGCUUUUAAUAGAAAGGCAGGAAGCAGAAUUUAAUGGGACUUGGCAGUAACAAGGAAGAAUUGCUUCUCUUCCAGCUCUUGUUCCUCUGAAAAGGUGGAAAUGACCAGGCUGGUAUGGCGUGGACCAAGUAAUCCUCCUCUCCUUCUGCCAAACACUGUUCUGCCUUCUAGACAACAGACUUACAGAUGUUCUGGCACUCUGGGUGCUGAUUGAUUUUUUUUUUUUAGCAUCUUAUGAGUCACGUACUAGAAGUGUAUUAUACACCAGGCACACUUCUCAGGUAGGGUUUUCUGUUUCAUCAGGGUUAAAUGCAUUUUGCAGGGCUGGGGGAGGACUGAGGGUGGAUCAAGUCUAAACAUUCCUCCCUGUUAUGAUACAGGUACAUGUAACUUGGCCUAGUCAGAAUCAGUUACUGGGAACAGCUAACACUUGCUUUCAUGAAAAGUGGAAGGAACUCCUGGCUACCAUCUAAUUCUGUAAGCAUUAUAGGCAGCAUUGCUCUGUAGUCUUCACCUGUCCUGUGGCAAAUGGGUCUCCUCUCAUCUCAUGAUUGUGUUGCAGAGCUCCCUCAGCCAGCAGCAGGCUUUAUGUAGUGGUGAGGUGGAAGCGCAGCCUUGUAUAUGGUGCUGGCAGCUUCUCUGUUGCAAGGACAUUAUACAGAGGUUACUUAACAGCUGGUAACUGAGCUCUGGGUUUUCUACCUUCUUAAACCAAGCAUUCCUCCUGGAGGGUGAGGCAGGGUUGGCUCAGUUGUCUUGCUGCUGUCCCCUCUGAAGAAGCAUGUUUUGUGGCUCUGCUUCCUUUCAAGCUUGAACAGCACUGCCAGCAAUGUGCUGUGUUGAAAGUCUCUUACCCGACCAAGCAGUUUUCACUGUUGCCACUCAUUUGCACCUUGGCAAUCAGUCUCAUUUGACAUUAAUUUAUUUGUUGUCUGUAUUCAUGUUGCUAAUGUGUAUGAUUUUUGUUUGUUACAAUAAAAUAAAAUCCUUGUCAGUGGA